AAUAAAAAAAAUACCGCAACAACUACUUGCGCCGGUAUUUUUUUAAUUCGCAUUUAAUUAUCAUUUAAAUGAGCUUUCUCCACUAGCUAAAACUAAAAUCUUAUACCAACUCAAUUUGAAAUAAUGUCUGAAAUAGAAAAUAAGGACACAGUAACGGAAGAAAUACAGAAAGACUUUGUUGAAGAUGGAAAGAAUAAGUUGAUCGUAAAAUGUAAAUUUUGUGGUUCAAAAAUAUUAGAAAAGAAAACGGCAAAAUAUGUAACGCAAGAGAAAGAGUUGCCUCUAAUGCAGCAAGAUGCAAAUAGAAAAGAAGGGGAAGUGCAGAAAGAAAUGAUAAUUGAGUAUUAUCAUGUUGAUCACAUGUAUGUGUUUGAAAAUAUUGGUUUCACACAUCCAGUAGAGAACCACAAGUAUCUGAUAUGUGCAGACUGUGAUGCUGGACCAAUAGGUUACUUUGACUUGGAUAGUAAACAUAGUUAUGUAGCUCUGUCAAGAAUUGUUCACUCAUAAUAUUAAUAACCAUAUCAUUUAACUUUUCAAACACAUUUUUUAUUUUUGAACAGAAUCUACAAAUUGUAGAUUGCAACUUUGUUUUUAAUAAGGAGUAGCUUGUCUAGUUAGAAAAAUACUGACGCAAGAUAGAUAAACUUCAUUUGCUAAAACUGUUAAAAUAAGAUUGAAGUUGCAUAACUUGAAAAAAAUAUUUGGUUGGUUCUUAUUUUGCAUUAUAAGGUUAUCUUUUUUAAUAUCUUGCUUUAUUUUUAUGGUUAAAUAAUGUUUAUUUUGCCUUGCUUGUGCUCAUUUUUCAUCAUUCCAUGUACACUAUUUAAAGGAAAAAGAUAUUGAUAAGUUUGUAAGAGCUGAUUUUAAAUAUUUAUUAAUUCAAUGCUACUGCAUGUUAUAACAUAUAUUUUUUAAAGUUCUCAGAGUAAUAUUGCUGGGUUUGGUUAAUAUAAAAUAUUAUCUGCUAUUUGAUAUUCUGAUUUCUUAAAAUGACACUUAAACUAUUGUUGGAAUAUUUAAAAUAUUGAGUAUUCUAAAAAUAGUCACUAGCAAUACAUGAAAUUAUUAUUACCAAAAUUGUUAAUAUUUAUUUUUAUAAAAAGUGAGAUUUCAAAAAUGGUAUUUAUAAAGCUACGGUUGCUUAUUUUUUUAUUAUAGUACUAUUAAAAGUAUAUGUAUAGUACUUAUGUUUUUAUUCUCAAUGUAUUGUAAGCUUUUAAGUUGUAAACAAUGAAAUAAGGUUUCUUUGGUUAUUUAAAAGGUCUUUUGAAUUACCAUAUAAACAAAUUUAUCUUGCACUUUGCUGUAUACUCAAUUUAUAUGGUGUAUGAGAUUAAUUUAGUUUAAUCUUCAUACACAUAUGUACCUCUUUGGUGUUACCUAAUUAUUUUCAAUAAUCAGCUCAUACCAUUGACUGCGUGCAAAGCAUAUUAUACAUGUUUUAUAAGAAAUUUACUUCAAUAUACUUUUUAUUUAUUC